AUGUCGACCUUUACGUUGUAUGAAGAUUAUACUCCUCCAUCAUGGUCAAUGAGACCUAAGCUACCAUUCUAUUUAGAAGUAUUAAAGAAUGGAGUAUUAAUUGAAUAAAAGAAAAUUGACAAUGUAUAUAGGACAUUAACUUAUAUAGAAAGCAAUGUAUUUAAUAGGAAAGAAUGAAAAAAUAUGUGAUAUUGUAUUGGAUAAUCCUACAAUAAGUAGAAAACAUGCAGUAUUACAAUCAAAGAAUACAAAUGAAUUUUAUUUAUAUGAUUUGGGUAGUACACAUGGAACAUUUGUAAAUAAUGUAAAAAUUCCAACAAAAUUAUUUCAUAAAUUAAAACCAUAUGAUUAAUUGAAAUUUGGAUAAAGUAUUAGAAUGUAUAUUUUGAGAUGUGAAGACUUAGAAAAAGAGGUAUAUUUAAUAUAUAAAUAAAAUAGGAUGCAAAUAUAUAAGAAUAAGAAUUAUAAAAGAAAUUAGAUAAAAGAAAUGCUAAAAGAGAAUUUAAAACAGUAAAGGAACAUUAUUUAAAUCUAUUGUAUUAGAAUCCACUUUAUAGACAUAUGAAACCUAGAGUAUAUAUAUAAAUUAUUAAAAAAUUAGAAAAAAGAGGAAUCAGAAAUAGAAGGAAUAGAUUGGGGAAUAGAUGAUGAAUAAGAAGUUUAUAGAUAUCAUUAAGAAUAAGAAUAUCCAUUAGAACCAGAAUUAUUGCUUUAAUUACCAGGUUUAUCAGAAUAAUUGAUAGAUAAAAUAAAUAAAUAUAGUGAAAAAUUAUCAACUUAUCGUUAAUAAUAAGAAGAAUUAGAUAAUUUGAUGGUAAAAGAGAGAAAGAAUUUUGGAUUGGAUGAAUAAUCAGGCAGAAAUAAAUGUGAUUUAGAAACUAAAGUUUAAGAAUUAGGAUCUGAAUUAGAAAGUUUAGAAGUUGGAUUAAAAUUUGUUUUAUUUGGAGAUAGAGUUUAAAAGAUUAAUAAAUUUGAAUAAUAAGCUGAAGUGAGUUCAGAAGAAGAAGAUGAAUUUUAUGAUAAUACUUUAAAGAAAAAAGAAAAUACAUAAGAAGUUGAAUAAGUAAAUAAAGAAAUUAAAGUAGAAAAAACUACUGAAUCAUAUUAAUAAUUAAAAAAAAGAUUAGAGUAAUUAAUUGAAGAAAGAGAUCUAUUAAAUAAUGAAUUAUUAAAUAUUUAAAGAAAUGAAGAAAAAGAAAUAGAUGAAGAAGAUGAAUUAGAUAAUUAUAUGAAAUAAACAGCUAUUACUAUUGCAUAAUAAGAAAGACCUAAAUUAUUGGAUAAAUUAAAAUCUGUUAUAGAUAAUUUAACUAAAGUCUCAGAAUAAUUGAAAUUUGUUAAACCAGAUAUUAAAUUAUCAUUUUUUGAUGAUGAAGAAGAUGAUAAUCCUAUUGAAAAUUCAAAUAAUACUACAGUUUAACAAAAUUAAAUUCAAUAAUCUAAUGAUCAAAUAAAAUAAAAAAAUGAUAAUACUAUUGAAUAAUUGAAAAAAUUAAAAGAAUAAGCAGAAAAGGAAUAAGAUGAAGAAGAAGAUGAAGAGAUGAUAUUAGAAAAAGCUAGAAAAUAUUUUGAGAAGGAAGCAGAAAAGGAAAGUCAAAAAGAAAAAUAAAAGUUUAAAUAAUUUAAAGAAUAAUAAAAGGUUUAAGAAAUAUUGUAAUAGUAUGAUAAAGAAUAAUAAGAAUUGAUUUAAUAAUAAUAGAAAUUGGCUCCAAAACCAAAACCCCAUCCUAGAAAUUAUAGAGAAUCUGAAAUUGAAAAGGAUGAUUAUAUUGAUAUAACCAAGUUUUAAUGA